CUUACAACAAAGGCUUAAGGCGGGCUGGUUCCUGAGAAACAUGUCUGCUCGCUGGUAACCAUGUCAGGUCCUUCUCCGCGUGCUCCUCUGGCGGUGGUCUGCUGACAUUUAAAACGACGAAUAAGAACCACAGUUACUGAACUCGUAAUGGUGGCAGGGGAACUGAUAAAGGAACAUGUGCGGGCGGACGGCUCACCUGAACUCAUCGCCGUGGACCGGAAGUUGCCAGAGGGAGCGGUCGGAGACAUCCUCCCCGCCGGUACCGGUGACCCCGGGCUGGACAAGGAGGCGCUAGAGGAGGCAGAUGAAAGCGAGGCGAUGCUAGCUGGUGUGGGAGAAGCAAAAGAUGGAGAAGAGGAGCAGAAGGACCUGCAGCGUCUACAGACCAGGCUCUACUGGAGCCGCUUCGUGGUUCUGGCCGUGUUCAGCCUCUACUCGCUGGUCAACGCCUUCCAGUGGAUCCAGUACAGCAUCAUCGCCCACGUUUUUACACGCUUUUACCAGGUGAGCAACGACACGAUCAACUGGCUCUCCAUCGUCUACAUGCUGGUCUACGUGCCGCUCAUUUUCCCCGCCACCUGGUUGCUGGACCGCCGGGGUCUGCGCCUCACCGCCGUGCUGGGGGUGGGGCUCAACUGCGCCGGCGCCUGGCUCAAGUGCGCCAGCGUGGGUCCGGAGCUCUUCGCCGUCACCAUGGUGGCCCAGGUUAUCUGCUCCGUGGCGCAGGUCUUCAUCCUCGGCCUGCCGUCCCGCAUCGCCUCCGUGUGGUUCGGACCCAAGGAGGUUUCCACCGCCUGUGCCACCGCCGUACUUGGAAACCAGUUGGGCACGGCCAUCGGCUUCCUGUUGCCUCCCGUUUUGGUUCCCAACAUGUCCAACGACGAAGAGCUGACGACCCAUAACAUCAGGGUCAUGUUCUACGGCACUGCCGCUGUCUCCACUGCACUCUUUAUUCUCACUCUGAUAGUCAUGAAGGAUCGGCCACCCCUGCCGCCCAGUCAGGCCCAGGCAGUUUUGCCCGCAACCCCCCCGCAGGACUACUCCUACAGGCGCUCCAUCGUUAGCCUGAUGAAGAAUAAAGCUUUUGUCCUGCUGCUCAUUAGCUAUGGCAUAAUGACGGGCUCCUUCUACUCGGUGUCAACAAUCCUCAAUCAGAUGAUCAUGUCCUGCUACAAGGAUCAGGAGUUAAACGCUGGGAGGAUUGGUCUGACGCUGGUGGUGGCUGGCAUGAUGGGCUCCAUCCUCUGCGGACUGUGGCUCGACCACACCAAGACCUACAAGAUGACGACCCUGUUGGUGAACUUCUUGACCUUUGUGGGGAUGUUGGUAUUUACCUUCACUCUGAACCUGGACAACAUCUACCUGGUUUUCUUCACGGCCGGCAUGCUGGGCUUCUUCAUGACGGGAUACCUUCCUGUGGGCUUUGAGUUUGGGGUGGAGAUCACCUACCCGGAGUCGGAGGGAACGUCGUCAGGACUCCUUAAUGCUUCUGCUCAGAUAUUCGGGAUCCUCUUCACAUUGAUCCAGGGAAAACUGACCACAGACUACAACCCAAUGGCAGGAAACAUCUUCCUUUGCGUUUGGAUCUUCUUGGGAUUAGUCCUCACUGGCUUCAUCAAGUCGGAAUUAAAGAGACACAACGUGAACAUCAGCAUGGGCGUCAAACAUCUUCAGGCGGUUCCUACUGAGUGUCCAGCUGAGGAAAAGACCAACGACAACAAACUGAAACCUUCUCUCAGCUUUGCACGUGAAACCUCCCUCUGAACAACAAGAAGUCAAACUGUUCCUAUUGACUUUUCCUGAGUUUACUUGAAUGCCUCGCUUCCUCAUCAAAGACACACACAUACUUGUCUUGUGGAGACAGGGGAGCGACCGGUUGAGUCCAAUCUGGUCCAUCUCGGCGUUCUUGUGUUGUUGGAGCAGAACAUGUAAGUCAAAAAUGUUAAGCACAUGCAGUGACACACAAAGUGAAAGUGUACGACUACACGCACAACUUUUUCUACUUGCAUGUUGUGUGUGCAUGUGUGUGCAUGUGCUUGUGUUUGUGUGCGGCUGUGCCUGUGGAGAGAGCUCGCCAGCGUGUGGUCACCAUAAGUGCAUUUUGAUGACGUCAUGCAGAAAAGAGCUACACAAAAGUUACUUAGUUCAGAUUAAUUAGUGUGUUUUUACUUAAAAUUAGUCACUGUGUACACAAUAAUAUUUAAAUACAAAUUAUUACUUUUUGAUAUUUGUAAAGAAUACCUGAAAUAUUAUUUCAUCAUAAGAAAUAAGAGACGUGUUAUGUUUUGACAUCAAACUAGCAGAGUAUGAAAGGACAGCUUACUUUUUGAUUAAUUUGCGUUCAUUGCAAAACUUGUGUCUUGUUAAUGUUUUUCCUCCAAUAAGACAAGUAAAGCAAUGUGUUAGUAAAUAGACAUGCCACACGGUAAUCAUUACGAGUAUAAUAACAUGCCUUUCACUAACACUUAAAUAAACAACAUUCCUACUGUCAAAUGCAGUGCAAUGACUAACAACUAAUGUAUGACUAACUUAUUAUUUAUUACUAUUAUUUAGAUCCAGAAACUUGAAGUAUAUAGAUCAAAAGCACUGUAGAUGAAAUGUGUGUCAUUUCAACUUGUCCAUUUGUUGCCUGUCAAUUCUGCUGUGGGAAGUAGCAAUGUGCUUCCUAGUUACUGUCAGUCAUGACAGAUGAUGAUGUCAUUAAAGGUCAGCUGACUUCA